ACCGCGUGUAAAUGGCCCUUGACGUUGUGUUUAUAGCCGUCUAAUCAGAGGGUCCAAAAGAAAGCAUGGGGCGAUGUCUGUGCUGUGAUUGGUUAAGAAAGCCGGCCUGGAGCCCAUGAACACGCCCUGCUCAGCGCAGUCUGUCAUUCAUACUCGGCAAAAUGUCUCCGCGCAUCGCAUGACUCGGAAAAUGUUACAGUAGAGCCGCGUAUGCACUUCGCUGAAGAUCAAACGAGCAACAACUGAGCUUGUAAUGUAAUGAUGAACCGUCAAAUUAUUGUUUUAUUUUCUCGCUGCUUAUAACGCCGGCCUAUUCAUCUCGAAUAGAUUUUCCAUAACUUUAAACUAAAAACGUUUCCGGGAAUAACCGCGUUAAACAUGGAUUUCAUUUUCGGCGGCGUGGCAGCGUGUGGCGCUUGUUUAUUUACAAACCCGUUAGAGGUCGUGAAAACUCGGAUGCAGUUGCAAGGAGAGCUGAAAAGCCGAGGAACCUACCAAGUUUAUUACAAGAAUGUGUUUCACGCCUUUUACACCAUAGGUAAAAUAGAUGGACUGGCUGGUCUCCAGAAAGGCUUGGUGCCCGGACUGGUUUAUCAGUUAUUUAUGAAUGGGGUCCGGCUGGGGUCUUACGCUAUCAUCGAGUCCUUGGGAUACAUUCACACGGACAACAGGGUCAGCGCAGCGAAGAGCACGCUGGCCGGGGGCGUUGCCGGUGUCGUAGGCGCUGUUAUGGGAAGCCCAAUUUACCUGGUAAAGACACAUCUUCAGAGUCAGUCGACUUCCUCUAUUGCAGUUGGACACCAGUAUAAGCAUAGGGGCAUGAUGCAUGCACUGCUGGACAUCCACAGACAGCACGGCAUUCUGGGUUUAUGGAGGGGGGCAAGUGCAGCAGUCCCAAGAGUCAGUGUGGGAUCAGCCGCUCAACUCUCUACCUUCUCUGCUUCUAAAGAGCUGGUCACUGACAUACAGGUUUUCCCUGAGAACAGCUGGUUAAUAGCUCUAAGUGCUGGUAUGAUCAGCAGUAUAGUGGUUGUAUUAGCUAUGACCCCUUUUGAUGUGGUCAGCACUCGCCUCUACAACCAACCGGUGGACCAUCACGGCAAGGGCAUAGUGUACAAAGGUUUUGUGGACUGUUUCUCAAUGACACUGAAAAAGGAAGGCAUGACUGGUCUCUAUAAAGGUCUUGGAGCCUCCUACUUCCGGCUCGGUCCACACACCAUCCUCUCUCUGCUCUUCUGGAAUGAGCUACGCUCUUUGUAUAACAGCCACAGCUAGCGUAUUACAGUAUAUAUUUCAGAAAAAGAUCAACUUUAUAAUGUUUCCCAACAUUAGCGGAAUAGUAUGCAAGAUAUUUUUUUAAAGGUUACAGCCUUAUUAAAUAUUCCAAUUUUAUUAUUAAUAACUAAGGUCUAAAAUAACAGCUAAGGCUGUUUAAAAAGUUUAUAUAUUACAAGCCUUAUACUAAUCAAGCUAUAAGAUGACUGAUAAGAUGACUUACCCACACAACAAAAUGUUCCUUUAAUGAAGGCACUGCAGCUAUUUGAGUGAUAGAAGAUUUAAUGAAAGAUGGGACUUCCUACAUUUGAGUGGUUGUAUUGGGCAUUGUCCUUUUCCCAUUUAUAGUAAUACCACUGCAGUCUUUUGUUAAUAUCUAUAGUCUUUAGUCAUUUAAACAGUUGUUGUGGCCAGGGUGCUGCUAUCCAGUCUUUAGGGUGUUUUAGGUGGUUGCUACCAUGUUAUGGGUCAUUGUCAGGUGAAAAAAAUCUUAUAUCCUUUUUUAAUAUCUGCCAGACAGGAACUGUAGAUUAGAUUACUCAAGUGAAGAAUUCAUUCUUACUCGUAGCAUAGACUUAUUGAAUCCAAAAGGGAGGGAUUUCCAUGAUCCUAUAGCCUAUAUUCCCUUUACACCAGCUGCUUUGCAAGGUUUUGCGAAUUAGAACAGAUCUACACUCACAGGGGCGUCAUGCACCAAUUUUUUUUAAGGGGGCACAGUGUGCACAGAUACAGAAAUGUAUGCAUACACGGACAGCAAACGAAAUAUUAUAAAGCUUUCAGUCUUUUCCAUGGCACUGUUUUGAGCCUUCCUGCCUUCAUGACAAAAACCUCCAAAAUAAAAGUGUUGACUAACUUUCAUAUCAAAUACUAUUCAAUCGGAAUAAUGACAUAUUGGCAUUUACAUCUGGAACGGCAUGUUUUGUUUAUUCACGUUUUGUUUAAUGACUUGUUUAAUUGUGUCAAUACAUUUUGCACAACAACUGGAUAAUCCUAUAAAAUUAAUGUAAUUUUAAAUCCAUAAAGUUUAUAAACAACGAAAAUUACAUAAGCUAUAGCCAGAUUGAUUUUAAUGUUCAAUAAUGAUUCAAAAAAUUUUUAGAUAAAAAUUAUUAGAGAAAUUGAUUUUUGCAUUCAACUUUACCUCAUGUGAACAUGUGUGAUAUUCCGCGUCCCCGUGAACUUUGGCGAACUUUGGCGUUGUACCAAGAAGAUGAAUCUAAAAUCUCUACUAACAUAACGUUGAGACGGUCACAUUUUAAACCAUACAACCAUACACAGAGGGGGUUAGCUGCACAUUACCGUACUGGGGUUUGGAAAUGUUGUGAACGUUUCUUCCACGUUUUAAUUCCUCAGAUAGCAAAAUGCAGCAGCAACAGCAAAGAGCUCGUGAACGCGCUCAGACGUUGAUGACUUCAUUGACUGCGCUGAAUGCAGCGCCUGCCGCCAGCAUAAAGUAAUGUAACACGAUCAAAACGGCGAAAAUCUCCGAAAAGUGACAAGGAUGCAGCACAUAAUUAAUAAUAUUGUGCAUAUUAAACAGAUUAAAAGACAAAUAACAGAUUAAUGGACGCUUCUUUGAUUUUGAGGCUCAAAAAACCAAGGGGGCAAGUGCCCCCUCAGUUUGAAUGGGCAUGACGCCUCUGUACACUCAGUGAUUGCAUCAGUGUUACUGUAAAACAUGUAUUUCUAAACAAACAGGUUACUUAUGCAAAUUCAUAUAUUCGCAUUUUUAAAUUCUUAAUUGUAUUUAGUUGACAAAUGUUGAUGCUUAGUAGUUUUCAUUUUUCAUUACAAGUCUCCUAUGUAAUUUUGA